AUGGACAGCAAUACUGCGCAGAUGACUGCUUCCGUCUUCUUUCCUGUACAAACCAUAGUAGCUUGCAACUACAUCUUCUACACCGUCGAGAUCGCCAUUCUUGAGGACUCCAACCGAGAAGACACAGCUGAGAUCGGUAAAUCUCUUGCUGCUGGCAGGCUCAUGCUCGAGAAGGUUAAGACGUGGCCAGCCAUGUUCAAGAUGCACUCAAAAUGCCAUCGAAGCGUUACCAAGACCAUCAAACUCGCAUCAUCGUGGCUAGAGCGCUCCCCGUUGUUCGAUGCGAAGAAGGUGGAGAUCCUCAAGCAGUACCUGGAGGAGCAGCCCGGUUUCUCCGCCAGCGGUCUAAAGUUCAACAAGGACGGUGUCCUCCUGAAUCGAGACUCUCUUCUUCUCGUGCAGUCCUUGUACCCCAUUGACAUGGAAUGGGAUAAUUCUUCGUGGUGCCUCAGCGACGGCUGCAUGCUCAGAUAUCGAAAGUUCGUGACCCAGUUGCUCUGGGCACGAGAAAAUCCGGCAAGUAGGAUGCUUGCGCCGGGAUUCAAGGGUCUGUGGGAAGAGCAUUCAGUACAAACAUGCGACAAGGAUAUCUUCCAGCGGCUCGAGGGCUUGAACAUCACCGAUGACGCGACCACUGCCGGUACACAUACACCAUCGACCACUCGCCCUAACUCUCCAGCCCUGACUGAGCGCCCAGACGGCACCACCAACGGCGAGUCACCCGAACUUGGGACUCCUCUGGCACCCAUGCUCAAAUACAUCGCUGUCAUCGAGACUGCCACCGACAAAGCCAUCUUCAACCUCGAUAUCUCCGACGUGAACGAGAAGAAACGCAGGCUCAUGAGGACCGCGCAGGGCAUGUGCACUGACACGGUCUCCAACGGAUAUGAAGGCAAGGUCAAGUUGCAGGACAUCAUGGACAUGGUGGUGAAGAUCGCGGAAGAUGUGAGACGUGCGAAAGCUGCAGCAACUGUCUCAGCUUCAUCCGCGCUCGCUCACUUGUCAGACAGAUGA